AAAUCAACAACACAAAUCCGUCCCACGGCCACCCCGAGAAAUUGAACUUCCAAUUUCAAUUCGAUAUUCAUUUUGAUCCCGAUCAAGGGGCCCUGGCCCCUCAAUUCGGCGCACACCCCUAGAGGUGGACAACCACACACCACAACAACAACAACAAGCACAACCACGCCGGGACAAGACAAACCCUUAACAACCAACUCAACCCCAAUACCAAAGUAGUCAAAUAACCUUGCUCCAACCCAAAAACAGAAGAAAAGAAGAAAAGAAAGAUGUCAAACAAAUAUUUCUCCCCCUACGCCCCGCGCCGCCCUCGCUCCCCGCGCCUCGUCAUCCUCUGGCUCACCACCUUCGCCCUGGUGCUGUGGCUGACCUGGUACGUGUCGACGCGCCACCGCGAGCGCGCGGCGCCCUACGUCGACGAGUUUCUCCACCCCGGCGGCGGCGCCGCCAGGCGAGGUGUCGGGGCGGCGAAGGAGGCUCGGGGGGAAGGGCGGGGGUUGGAGGGUGGUGGAGCUGGGGAGGGGUCAGUGUGAGGGCGAGGCUUUUUUCCGGGCUGGAGGGGGGGCGCGGAUGUUGUUGGAAAGUGAAGAGGGAUCUAUCGAGAGGGGGAGAAGAUCUGGGACGGAGACGGGCGGUUGAUGGAGCAUCACCCUCUUUUCUCGGCCUCUAUGGACGUGAUGGGUGUGGGAAACGGGGCAAGCGGCUUCGGAUCAACUUCGAGUGCCCUGGGCGGUUCUCGACUCUGGCUGUUGCGGGUCAAGUUGAGCCGUGGGACGAGCGGUGCAACCGGGAGAUGCGUUUGUGUGCAGGUGUACGCGGAACGGGCCUACAGAGAUCGCACCUGACACAGUUGCACGAGAAAAGCGGCUUCGUGGUGUGGGACUGUAACGGCGGGAAUCGAUAUGGGAUGAAACCGGGAGCAACAUCGUUGGACGAGGAAUUCAAUGCACCAGUACGACUUGCACCAGGAUUGUAAUUGAACCAGAAGAGUCGGAGACGCUCGUGG